AUGGUCCUGCAGAUCACGGCUCCAAGUCCACAGCCAGGUUGUGCAAAUGGGAGGGGGUUACGGGGGUUACAGGGGGAGGGGGGUUACGGGGGGUUACAGUGGAGGGGCGGUUACAGGGGGGUUACGGGGGUUACGGGGGGGAGGGGGGUUACGGGGGGAGGGGGGUCACGGGGGGAG